UGUAUCGAAAUAAUGUACAGCAACACCAGGUACGAGUACCGUAGAGUAGUACCGUACCAUGCUACUGUAAUUCGCACACGCAGAAGACAAAAGACAGAAUUGCACUAUUGCACUACUACGAGCCCAACGAAGGUUAGACUGAGAAUGAGUUAUGUUUCUUAUUAGUGCUAGGGUUUAUUUUKGUCCCGCGAGUGAAACAUUCAAAAUUCAAAAUCUCUUCCCCCCGACAAUUCUUUUGCACAAAAACAUACUGUACCUCUUAGUUUAUUCAAAUUUAGAUUACCAGCACCAAUAUGGUGAACGACGGUGGUAAAGGCGUUACAUACAACGAUCGCGAUGUCUUUUUUCUCCCAGAAAACCUCGGGCCUCGCUUGAUGGGCUUAUCGUCGUCUGUGGGUGACGAUUCGUCCUCUCUGGCGUACCUAUCCCCCGCCCUCGCCAUCUCCAGCGAUCCAUCGGCGGUGGCCCACGGCCGGGGCCUUAUCGCCACCUCCGAUAUUUCUGCCGGCGAGUUGCUCUUGGUCCACCCUCCCACCGUUCGGGCUGAUGUUUCGCAGGUUCUGCGGAUCUACCAAAACAAGGCUAGCAAGAGCAGCAGCAGCAGCUGUGGCUCAAAUCUGCUGGAGUCGAUCGCCGAGACUGUCCUGCUGAAGGAAAUGAAACGAGCUAUCCGGGGACGUACCAAACAGGCUCGCAACGCUAAGAUUGCAGCCAGCUUCUUAGCACUGAACGGAGAGCAUUCGAGCAACAACAAUAGCGACAACCAUUACAACGACGACGACGAAACCACUCGUAACGAGCGGCACAUGAGACUCGCCAGGGUAUUGCUGGGAAUUGGGACACCAGAGGACACGGAGGAGAUCCUUUCACAGCAAUCCCUGCUGGAUGACAACGAACACCUGCUGGGGAUCAUUAGGCACAACGCCUUCGGCCCCGACUUUCACCACUAUCACCGAAUGGAGCGGGAACUCUUCGAUGCCAACCACGCAGACACCACCACCACUGGCGGCAACAACACAACUUCCAUUGCCUCGUUGUACUCCCGCGUGCUGGGCCACUACCCACUCGCGGCCAUGAUCAAUCAUUCCUGCGGCCCGACCAACGCGGCCAGGGUCUUCUACGGGGAAACUAUGGUGGCCUCCGCGACGAUGGACAUUCCGCGGGGUACCGAGCUCGUCUGGCCCUACUGCCCCCCGAUUCUGCCAUUUCCAGAGCGCCACUCACGCCUCGAGCGCGGCUACGGGUUUUCGUGUAGCUGCCAACGGUGCCUCCUGGAGGGAGCCGCACUGGAAGGGGGCAUCCCCCCUCCCCUGCCCCUCAUGGGAGCUACGGGCCACGGCGGUGCCGAAGCCCGACUGGGCCCAGACGAAUGGUCAAGUGUGCUGGAAUCCGUAGAGGCGUGGUACCGCGCCGUGACGGCAGGGGAGCCACCUAAGCACAGCAACAACAACAGUGAACCCCGGUCCCCGCUGAAUCUGGGGGAAUGUCUCCGGCUCGGGCACACGCAGCUCUAUAUCGACUAUUUCAACCAGUCCCUGGCAGAAAAGGGCGCAGUGGAAGUCCUCUUGGAUCAAGCGACCGAGCUGCACAGAUCUUUUGCCAGGGUACACAACGCCUGCACGGAGCACCUGUCCCUCCUGCACCUGAGCUACGAGCUAGAAGCGAUAGGAGGCAGCACCAGCAAGGAAACUGGAAACGGUGUGSGGAUUUGGACCGAGCGCCUCAAGCAGGCACACCUCUGCAGGUAUUCGAGCGAGAUAGUCGGGAAGGACCUGGAAACACUACGGACGGUCCUCAGGCAUACCCGGACCGUCCUAAGGACGAGGAAUGGAUGGAAAGCCAGCAGAAUACAGGGGGCCGCGAAUUCUUUUUUAUGAGAAUGGAGCGAGCGAAUGCGCAUGCGUGCAGGCGAUUGGCACAGGUGGUGCUGCAGCAAUGGUAAUGUUUUGGCAAGCGAGCGACAGGUUUCGAACUCUCUGUCGAAUGCAACAUAAUCUCUGUACGCAUGCAUGCAAAUCGUUGCACACUUUCCCAAAUGGACUGUAAAGGAACUUCACUUAUUAUUAGAUAAUGAAACAUACUCCCACCA